GGCGCGAUGAAGGCGCUGAUCCUGGUGGGCGGCUACGGCACGCGCCUGCGGCCGCUGACGCUCAGCACCCCGAAGCCCCUGGUGGACUUCUGCAACAAGCCCAUCCUCCUGCACCAGGUGGAGGCGCUGGCCGCGGCCGGCGUGGACCACGUGAUUCUGGCCGUGAGCUACAUGUCGCAGGUGCUGGAGAAGGAAAUGAAGGCGCAGGAGCAGAGGCUGGGAAUCAGAAUCUCCAUGUCGCAUGAGGAGGAGCCUUUGGGGACAGCUGGGCCCUUGGCCCUGGCCCGGGACCUGCUCUCUGAGACCGCAGACCCUUUCUUCGUCCUCAACAGUGACGUGAUCUGCGACUUCCCGUUCCAAGCCAUGGUGCAGUUCCACCGGCACCACGGCCAGGAGGGCUCCAUUUUGGUGACCAGAGUGGAGGAGCCCUCCAAGUACGGCGUGGUGGUGUGCGAGGCCGACACCGGCCGCAUCCACCGGUUCGUGGAGAAGCCGCAAGUGUUCGUGUCCAACAAGAUCAACGCGGGCAUGUACAUCCUGAGCCCGGCCGUGCUGCGGCGCAUCCAGCUGCGGCCUACGUCCAUUGAGAAGGAGGUCUUCCCUGUCAUGGCCAAGGAGGGGCAGCUAUAUGCCAUGGAGCUGCAGGGCUUCUGGAUGGACAUCGGGCAGCCCAAGGAUUUCCUCACCGGCAUGUGCCUCUUCCUGCAGUCACUGCGGCAGAAGCAGCCUGAGCAGCUGUGCUCGGGCCCGGGCAUCGUGGGCAACGUGCUGGUGGAUCCAAGCGCCCGCAUUGGCCAGAACUGCAGCAUCGGCCCCAACGUGAGCCUGGGUCCCGGCGUGGUGGUGGAGGACGGCGUGUGCAUCCGGCGGUGCACGGUGCUGCGCGACGCCCACAUCCGCUCCCACUCCUGGCUCGAGUCGUGCAUCGUGGGCUGGCGCUGCCGCGUGGGCCAGUGGGUGCGGAUGGAGAACGUGACGGUGCUGGGGGAGGACGUCAUCGUUAACGACGAGCUCUACCUCAACGGGGCCAGCGUGCUGCCCCACAAGUCCAUUGGCGACUCGGUGCCGGAGCCGCGAAUCAUCAUGUGAGGGGCAGCCAUCGCCCUGUUACUGGCAAGGGGGCCCUGGACUCCUACGGUGUCUGGGGAGGCCUGGACAAGGCGGAAGCAGUCGGACACCUGCCUUCUCCCGUGCACAUAAUCUGGCAGGGUCCUUGCUGGGCACACCCCACCCCGCCCACUCCCUCAAGAAGGGUCGGGUCAGGGCUGUUUGAAUAAUAAUUUAAUGCUCACAGUG